AGGGGACCAAGGCAUUUGCCCUGCCAGCCCACCCCAAGCUGCCGUCACCUCCUGCCUGACCUGUGACCAGCUCCUGUGCGCCCAGCAGUGGCAGAAUUCGGUGGAUUAAGCCCUAAGCCCAGAGCCAGGUGCAGCUUCCAGUGGCCGCUGCAGCCCUGGGAGUGACCCCAGACUCCCCCUGGGGACACCUCCACGCCACCUCCAUACUCACCACUGGGGACGUACCUGUUGCAGGUGAUUUCAUGACUACAACGUAGUGCAGGGAAGCAGGGGGACAGGGACUGCUCCCACCCACUGAAAGCCAAGGUGACGUGAGUGUUUCCCCUGAGACCAUCGGAGCAGGAGCAAUGGGGAGGCCGGGGAUGUGACAGGCCACCCCAGUGCUGGAAGUCCGGCAACGGUUGUUUUGGGGGGCUUUUGCAGGGCCAGGGGUGAGGUGAGGGGUGCAACAUGAGCCUGGGCAAGCUGCCGGUGCUCAGCUGGGUGUCGGGCUCCCAUGGCAAGCGGCGGCUGAAGUCAGAGCUGACACCGGAUAUGAUCAGCCCGCCCCUGGGGGACUUUCGGCACACCAUGCACGUGGGGCGCGGUGGGGAUGUCUUCGGGGACACCUCCUUCCUCAGCAACCACGGCGGGACCGACACGGCCAAAGCCAACAACUUCUUUGCCCGGACACUGCGGCACGUCCGCCGGACGCCGCUGAGGAGCCGGGGCAGCGGGGGUCAAGUGGGGGCAUCACCCGCCCCCCCAGCCAUCUCACCCAUCAUCAAGAAUGCCGUCUCACUGCCGCAGCUCAACGAGGGGAUGUACGACAGCAGCGGUGGCCGGGGCUUGACCAGCAAGUUCUCCUUCAAAAGUGCCUCUAACAGCUUCUCCAAAACACACCAGGCCUACGGGCUGGAGUCCGGGUUUUGCACCAUCCCUCGCAUCCCUCGCUUGGAAAAGGCCCAAGAGAGCACCUUCCCCGGGGAAGCAGAGCUGAAGCGCUCGGACUCCCUGCUCUCCUUCCGCCUGGACCUGGGGCCCUCCCUGAUGAGCGAGCUCCUCCAGGUAAUGAGCUUCUCCGAAACGAACGGGAGCAAGGUGGGGGAGGAUGGCCCAGACCUCCCACAUGGUGAGGGGACCAAGGACGGGAUCCCUUCAGCAUCAGGAGCAUCCCAUGGAGACGACAAGGCAAAGUCCAGCUUCUGGGACCGCUCUGGGCAGAGCAGCCUGUCAGGGGCCAGCUCGCUGCCAGGACUGUCAGUCCAUGCCAACGGAGAGGCACACGCCAUCGAGGGUGCUGGAGAGGACCCUGCGUGGGCUUCGGGGCUGGGGGCAGCACCCAGAGGGACCCCGUGGCAGGGGCACUGGAACGACUGCACCAUCGAGGUGGGAGAGUUUGACCGGGCUGCUCAGGUCCUGGCCCGCCAUUACGGUGGGACCAGCACCCCGCGGAGCUCAGAGAAGGGCGACGGUCCCCGGCAGGCCCGGACGCAGACCCUGUGGGAGAGCCCCAGCAGCAGCUUGUGGCGGUCGCAAGUGACAGGGGAGAGCCGGUCCCCAGAGGCCACCUGGAACCAAGAAGAAGAGGAGGAGGAUGCAGCCGAGCUCUCUAGCCUGCAGGAGGGGUACGCUGGUGCCCGGGGAGGGCGCAGCAAUUCUUUUGAGUACGCCGAUGAGGAGGAGGACGAUGAAGUCAAGGUGUGAACAGCCAUCCCUCCUGUCAUGGCCCCCCACCAGAGGCACCAGUGCCGGGGUCUUUGCCCUCCUCCUCGUCCCCCACCCUCAGGUGCCAGCAUCGACGGCGGACGCAGUGGGCAACUCCUUGCCAAGCUGGGGGCACUGGGGGGCAGUGAGGGGCAAGAGGAGAGCCCAUCUCCCAGACAACUCCCCAGGGCUGAGCCAGGCUGCUGCCGGGAGCUGGUGAAGGCUCUGCAUCACAGCACCAGGCAUCACGGCCCUUCCCGGGCCUCACUGCCAUUAGAUGCCAAAGGGACAUUCCCAUGUGCCAAAGAAACCCCAAAAACAUUUCCUACCCCAUCCCAUUCCCCCUGGUGCCCUCUCUCCCAUCCCUCAGCCUGGACCUGCCAGCAUGUCUGGGGACGUGCCACAUCCUCCCACGGAAGCACCCAACCACCCUCUGCACUGGCACAGGUGCCCUCCCGGAGAUAUUCCCGCCGAUAGCUCUGGCACAUAGGGGAUGGGGGUCUCCCCAGCUCCAGCUCGUGCAAGACCCUCCCUUAUAGCACAUAUGUCUACCAGGGGAGGUCAGCUGGGCAGGUCAAGGACAGGCAAAAACCACAGAGCUGGGCUUUUUCUUUUCCCCUCCCAAAAAAAAAAGCCAUGAGCUCAGCAUUCAGGAGGUGAGAGCAUGCACAGAGUUAAUUGCAGGGGUCUUUCCACUUGCCUCCUGCUGCUAAGCGUGACUUAGGAUAGCUCCUUUUCCGACCCCUGCCCGCUUGCAGCAGGGAGGGGAGAAACUUCUUGGCCGGCUGGAGGCAGAGGCGAGGUUGUCAGGUCACCAAAUUCUGCAGUUCGGGCACCAAAAACCCCUUCCCUUCCUCCCGUCUCAGAAAAAGGAGAAUCCCCCUCUGCAGCCACUCGCUCUGUGCCACCUCUUCUCCAACCUGACCCCCCUCUCCCCAUUCCCCACACACGCACCCCUCUUUCCAGUGCAUCCCUUCUGAGGGGUACACGUGGAGGACAGCUAAUGCCCCUUGCUGAGCAGCCCAGGGCAACGCAGCCACCCUGGAACAAGUUGUCCCCCACGCUGCCCCGCAUGCAAACUGGCCCUCACAGAAGCGCCUUUGUGCCGCAGUGUGGAGCUGAGAUGCUCGGGGGCUGAGGUCACCGGAGGGACCCUCACAGGACCCCCCUUGUUCUCCAGGACAGGAGGGGGUGUGCAGCAGGGGUAGAUGCUGGACUGUGGCCACAAGGCUCUGCUCCCACGCAGCUCAACCGCUGCCUGGCUGCUUCUGUCAGGGAGCUCUUCAGAGCAGAAUAAAGAGGCUCCAUCAUGCACACGUGUUGUACAUGGGAGUGCCACACGCAGCCAGGCCAUCAAGGUUACAGGCAAGCCCAUCUUCCCCAGCCUCCCCAGGCAGCUGCCUCAUGCCGGCUGGCAGCAGCAAACCAGAGCAGGCAGCAGCAAGCCAGGGCAGGCAGCAGCUUCAAGGAGUCCCCAGCUCUGGCCACUGGCACCCAGUACGAUCAGCCUUAUCACCCCAGCACCCUCCGGGGCAGGGACCCUGGCUCUCAGGAUGACCUCCCCCCGCCCUCUGCUUCCCAGACCAUAACACAAGCUCCAGACCAAAGACCCACAUCCAUAGAAUAUCCUUUCUGCCUCCACUCUGUAUCCCAUGCACUUAUUAUUGUCCUUAUUAAAGCAGUUUUGA